AUGAAUGUUGUUGGUUGCAAGUGGGUGUUUAGAACCAAGAGAAAGGCAGAUGGUUCGAUUGAGAGUCAUAAAGCUCGGUUGGUUGCUAAAGGUUUUAAUCAGGUUGCCGAAGAGGACUUCUUUGAGACUUUUAGUACUGUGGUUAAGCCGACUACGGUACGUCUCCUAUCCUUAGCUAUUUCCCGUGGGUGGACCAUUCGUCAAUUGGACAUCCAUAAUGCAUUCUUGAAUGGAAAGUUGGCUGAAACUGUGUAUACGCGCCAACCUCCUGGCUAUGAGGACAAGACACUUUCCGGUCACGUGUGUUUGCUUCAGCGGUCUUUAUAUGGGCUUAAGCAGGCACCUCGUGCCUGGUUCACGCGACUGCAUAAUUAUCUGGUUUCUGUGGGUUUCUCGCCUUCUAAAACAGAUGUUUCUUUAUUUAUUUACUCGCGUGACAAUAUUCGGCUAUAUUUUCUUGUCUAUGUGGAUGAUAUUUUAAUUAUGGGUUCUGAUUCAGAUCGUGUUGCUACACUGGUCAAUAAGCUGUCUCUUGAAUUUAAAGUCCGUGAUAUGGGGUUCUGUCUUUUUUUUUGGGGAAUUGAAACUGUUCAAUCAUCUAGUGGCAUGCUUUUAUCUCAGCAGCGUCACAUGAAAGACAUUUUCAAACGAGCAAGUAUGGUUGACUGCAAACCGGUGGCCACGCUGAUUUCACUUACCAAACUCGUGGAUGGCCCUAUGGUUCUAUAUGCAGAUCCGACUCAUUAUCGCAGCGUUGCAGGGGCCCUACAGUAUCUUACCGUCACUCGUCCUGAUUUGUCCUAUGCCGUCAAUCGUCUGUGUCAGCAUAUGCAUGCUCCUACCACUGUAGAUUGGGCGGCCUUGAAAAGGGUCCUGCGCUAUAUCAAUGGUUCUCUCAAUCUUGGUCUGCACAUAUCUUGUUCUGACUCUCUUGAUAUUCAUGCUUAUUCUGACUCAGAUUGGGCUGGUAAUCCGGACGAUAGAAAGUCCACUAGUGGUUUUACUGUCUUUCUUGGGAAGAAUCUUAUAUCUUGA